CGGCCCCUCUGGGAUUCAGGCACGAGGUCUCUACUGCUGGUCCCAGGAUGAAGGUCCUCACCCCUCCCCCUACAGAGGUCAAGCGCACACCCCGGUCGCCAGCUACAAGUCCGCGCUGCUCUCCGGAAGCUGAGUCCCCGCCUGACGCCCUCGAGGCAGAGUCUCAAAUUUUCGCCUACAAAGUCAACUCCCGACAUUUCCAGGCGACACCCCAGGAGGCGCAGCCAAACCUGCCAACCCUGAUCUGGAGAGCGGAGUCAGGAUCGGGGUGACCAGAGCGAGGAGGCUUUAGAGGAGAGGUUGUCCCCACUGCACAGCGGCGAGUCUGCAGAGCCGCGGCGGUAGAUGACGAUUGUACACGAGUUCCGUCUCUGUCGCCCACCACCUAAGACCCCGCUCCUCCCAGACUCCGAUGGCGGCGGCCGCGCCGAGGGACCCGCCUCAGACUCCCAUGACUACAGAAGUGCUUAUGGACUGUACAAAGGGCUGUGUGACCUUUGAGGACGUGGCCAUUUACUUCUCGCAGGAGGAGUGGGGGCUCCUUGAUGAGGCUCAUAGACGCCUGUACCACAAGGUGAUGCUGGAGAACUUUUUACUUACAGCCUCAAUGGUUUGUUUGCAUGGAACAGAGAAGAAAGAGACACGUUCUGGGCAAAAUGUUUCCCUAGAAGUUUUGUCACAGGUCAGGACUCCAAAGGAGUCCAGUGAUUUACUGCCUUCAACAAUAAAUUAGUUUGCAUUGUCUAGAAUUUUAGUUGAAUUGAAGCAUAAAAGUGUUUGCUCUUUUUUUUUGAUAUUUUUCAUACUGCCUAAUUAUUUUGAAAUUCAUCAAUGUUGCUUGUAUGAAUAGUUCAUUUUUUUACUGUUGAGUAGUAUUCUUGUCUAUGGAUAUGCUACUAUGUGUUUAUCCAUCCAUCUGCUAAUGGGCAGUUGGGUUGUUUCCAGUUUGG